UGCGUGUAGUAAACAUGUCGGCCGAUCAGCUGGGAGGAAAUUCGAACCUAAACACCAAUUAAAAAGAUGCUAAAAGAUGAGGAAAGUGAGGACAGAGAAAGUGAUGGCUCAUGUCAGCGACUACUUGAAGAGGAGAAAUCUCGAGAGUGGGGGACCAGGAGGAAGUGUAACGCUAACCGAACAGCAGGUGGGAAUUUUGGGCUUGGUUUCUCCCUCGGCCCCCAACACCUUCACCUUCUCCACCACCUCCACCCAGCACACGCAUGUUGAUCACCAGUAUGUCAGGCUAAAAUCGUGGAUGAUGGAGGCCAGUGAGCCAUGCCGAUCCGAAUUAUCCCAAGUUCUGUUUCCGCUCUUCGUCCACCUGUACCUUGAGCUGGUAGCGGCCACAGGGAGACAAGCGGCAAACAAGUUCUUCAAGAAACAUUAUCAGGUGUUCUUGGUGAACCGUGAUUAUGAAAAUACACUCUCUCAGGUUGUAAGUGCAUCUUCUAUAAAUUCUUCUGGAGACAUGAAUUCUUCUCCUGUUAUACAGAAUCUCAAGAGUGGCAAGUACCUGGUACGUUUAAGUGAACUGACUUUAAACUACUUUCUGCGAUAUCUGAAGUCGAGUGAGAACCCCACACUGUUGCAGAUAUUCAAUACAUACAUUGAGGUUGAGGUGGAUGAGUCAGGUGCUGGAAGUUCAGGAGCUGUGUUCAGAGGGCCCGAUCUGAACACUUCUUCCUCAACAGCUUUAGUUAAUGGUCACACUCCAGACUCAUUGUCCUCUGAUGCCUCUGCCUAUGCAGCUGAUGGAAUGGAUUGUAGCCCAGAAGAACUGCGCAAAGUGAAAGACAUCAUGGCUCGUGUUCGGUCGGCCCAACCCACUGCCCCUUCUUUGUGUGUGUAUACGGUCACAAAUGCUUAUAAUGGCCUGAGUUGUGCUAAUGUGAAUGCGGAAGGACAGCUUUUAGCCUGUGGGUUUGAAGACAGUGUAAUUAAAUUGUGGAAAUUGACACCCCCUUUGCAUGAUAUAGGGUUUGGAAAGAAAAAAACAGUAGUUGGACCCAGAGGUGGGAUAUCGCACACAUUACUUGCAUGUGAUGAUUCUCGCAUUGAAGACAGUGGUGAAAGAGAUGAAGAUGACAAAGAAGAAGAAGCCACAGCUGCUGAGAUCCGUAAUGGAGGAAGGAGAAGAAAUCGUGGUGGGGAGCUUUUUGCUCUUCGUGGACACAGUGGGCCUGUGCUGGACACAGCAUUCAGUCAUGAUUCAAAUUACUUGUUAUCAGUUAGUGAAGAUUGCUCCAUGAGACUGUGGGACUUAAAUAGUGGUAAUGCAGUGGCUCUGUAUAGAGGUCAUUCCUAUCCUGUGUGGUGUGUAGCUGUAGCCCCUCUCACCAUGUAUGUGGCAACAGGCUCAUAUGAUACAACUGCAAGAUUGUGGUCCACGGAUGCAACAUACCCCCUACGCACCUUUUCAGGUCACACAAGAGCUGUAGAUUGUGUGGCCUUCCAUCCCAAUGGCACUUACUUAGCUACUGGAUCCUGUGACCGUAGUAUUAGACUCUGGCAAGUCACUGACGGUGAUGUAGCACGGAUCCUUCCUCACCACAAGUCAGCAAUCAACACUAUGUCAUUUUCUCCAAAUGGAAAGUACCUGGCCUCUGGCAGCGAAGACGGCACAGUUGUCGUCUGGGACCUUGCUGGUGGACGCGUCAUGACAGAAAUUAGCAGUAGUAAUCAAGUCAAUAGUGGGAACACUGGCACAGGUACUCCUCACCAAGACUCCAUCAUGAAUGUGUGUUGGUCUACUGACUCAUCCCUCCUUGUGUCUGCGUCCAGUGACGGUUGUGUGCGAACAAGUCAUCUAAAGCAAACGCCAGCAAGCAAUGAUGGAACCAAUUCCUGGGAACUGAACGAAGUUGGCCAGGUUCAGUGCAGCGGAAGUACAAAUGGAGGAAGCGGCAAUAAUGGAGCGUCGGGAGUCCUGCUCCACACGUCUCUAACGUCUCACAAUUACCUCACUUCUGUCAUUGCUCUCGACGUGGAGAGAUAGUCGGUCUGCGGGCCACGGUGAUUCUGUCAGAUGCCCAUCGCUACUUGAUAGGUGGUGCUACAAAUAUUUUUAAAUUUUUAGUGCAGGAAGAGGGGGAAUGCCCACAGACAUCUGAUUGUCACUUUUUCAUUUUUUUUUUUUUCUUUGCAAGGAACUUCUUUCUUUUCUACAUUCGUGUAUAUUCAGAUUUUAGACUUUGAUCAUUGUUGUAUUUCACUUUGAUUAGUCCCUGGUAACAAGUGCUCGCAACUUUCAUGAACAGAUGUAAGCUCAAGCAUUCUUUAUGUUGUCUCACUUUUUGCAUCUUAUAUGACAAAAGUUCUUUGAGAGUAUUAAAGUAAUAACUGCAUGUCUUUCAUGGCUUUUGUGAACAAAUGUAGACUCAAGCAGUCUUUAUGUUGUAUCAGUAUUUAUAUUACAUCUGGCAAAAGGUAUUUAGAAUGUUAAGUAAUAAUUGUUUAUCCAUAUCUUCCUCCAAAAUCUUUUGUCACAUGUUCAUUCUCAGUCUUUCUUUGUUUUCUUUCUUUCGUUUCUUUUUAAAUCUGUCUGUAAAGCAGCUUAUUUAUCUCUCAUACUUUUACAUAAUCAUAACAUCUCACCAAAAUGAAGUUCUUCAGUUGUUCUCUCUUUUUCUCUUUCUCUCUCAAAGUGACGUGCUAUUUAUCAUGUCUUCCCUAUUUUGUGUACGACUCUCUACCCCCAAAAAUACAUCCAUUGUGUUCAAAUUUUUGGUCAGAAGUGCUAAGCCACCACUGUACUCCCUCCAUGAUCUUACAGAUCUCAUUUUCAUUUUUUAUUACCAUAAACAACCUUAAUAUGUUUGUUUUUAUUUUGAAGAAAAAAAAAAAAACAAUCCUUUAGUCAUAGUGCAACAUUUCAAAAAGCUGUACAAAACCAGUUGGUUCAAUAUAUCUUGUAUUUUCGUAAAAGUCCGCAAAGAUUUUUGAAUUGCAUUCAUUUUGUAGUUCUUGGAUAUAAUUACAGUUGUUUAACUAGAAGAGUAUUUAAGUAUCAUUAAUUUGUAAAAAUGGUGAACUGUAAAAUAGUGCAAAUAACGGGAAAAGUGAGUGAGUGAAUGAGUUAGUGAAUGAAUAUGCGUAUAUUUGUGUGUUUACAACAUAUGGAAUUAUGGUGUUUUGGAUGUCGUUGUCUCAAUGUUGGUUCUAAGAAAAUAAUUUUCACAAUAAUUAUUUAUACAAAAACAAUGCAAAAGGAAGUACACUAUCGUGAGCAUAGGGAAUGCCUGUAAUGAUACUGACAAAGACUAAGCUGGGACAAACUAGUUAAUAUUUAUUCCCCAUUGAAAUUAAUAUGAAACAGCAACAAUUUACUGAUAAUCAAAAUGGACAAAUGGUCUUGCUUGUAUCUGUAAUUAGGAAGCAAAUUAUUAUUUUAAAUGUCAAUAUAUAAGACCUGUUGAUGAGAUUUGAAACUCAAAAAGUGUCUGAAUUGGAUAUUCCAAUAUGGCAAAAAUAAUGAUAGCCUAUAAAAUUAGAAAUUCUUUCAUGAGGUAAAUAAAAUGAGCAAUUAUGUCAUUAAUACCAAUGUACCAUAACAAAAUAGAAGGAAUUUAAUUAGUGUUAGUAUAUACUCUAGUUUUAACUAGCAGUGUAUUUCAGGCUUCACCAUAUCAUUGCAAAUAUAAGAUUUAACAAAUGUAGGGAUACACUUUCAUAUUUACAGUGAAGAUUAAUUAUAUUAGAUUCAAGAGUCUAGCCAGUAGAUUCCAUGCUCAGAUUGUUUUAAAGUUCAUAUCCCCGUUGCAUUAUCUUUAUAUUUGUGUGUUUUUAAGUAAAGACAAUAAUUAUAUAAGAUA